GCUACCCCGAUCUCUAUUGACGCCGCGCUGUAACAUACAUAUUUUCUAACGGGUUGAUUGAAUCGCAUAUACUGUGCAGGCAGGCUAUAUCCCCUAUCCCCGGAUUAUCGCGAAUAAUACACGAAAAUGCAAGACAUAUCGAAUCCUUUUGAUGACAGUGAUGCUGUCCACAAACUCGGUCCUCUUGCCGAGAGGUCCUUUAAAUAUAACCAAUGGUUGCUAGGGGUACUACAGAGAAACAACUGUCGGAGGAUUCUGGAUGCCGCGUGCGGAACAGGGGUGGACUCCUUAUUCCUGCUCAAGCAUGGCAUGGAGGUCGUCAGUUGUGACGAUGCUGAAGCGAUGCUGUCUUAUGCCAGAUCAGAAAAGGAACGACUUGGAUUAAAAGACUGGGAGGUAAAACGGGCUAACUGGUUGACUUUGGACAAAGACCUUCAAGGUCACGGUCAGUUUGACGCUGUUCUAUGCCUUGGCAGUUCAAUAUUACAUCUUGUCGACAGACCGCCAGAGCUCAAGCUGCAUCGACAGUGCCUGAACAACUUCCAGAAGUUCCUUAAACCAGGCGGCUUGCUCUUGAUCGAUCACCGGAAUAUCGAUUCCAUGUUGGAUCGCGGGAUCGUCGUGAAUAAAAACGUCUAUCAUAAGGAGGAUACAUUACCGGGCGUUUCAACGAAAACCAUCACCGUUGAUGGCGUCCCAACCCAAGUGGAUAUAAUCUACGACAUGCUUAUGAAGGAUGGCGACACGGGAAACAACGACUCCAAUAAAAUCGAAAAGGUUACCAUGCCUUUGGCUCCCGUCCAUGUUCACAAAUUUACCGCGCUCCUCAAAGACGUAUUUGGACGAAAUUGCACAUACACCCUCUACGGUGAUCUGGAGGAAGUCGACAACGGGAACACAGAAAACAUAGCUUAUUUUCAACACGUCAUACAUGAAUAAAUGUCAUUGAAAUUAUCAUUCAAGGGGAAGUUCACCCUGACAAACAGUUUAUUGUAAAAAUAGCAGAAAUAUAUUUUUAAAAUAUUGGCGAAGUUUUGUGGAAGAUCCAUUAAAGAAUAACAAAGUUAUUAGAAUUUUAGUUAAUUGAUUUGUGACGUCAUGCAAGCAGCUUUCCUAUAUACCGUAUGGUAAAAUUCAAUGAAAAGUAAUUUUCUCAGAAAAUUCAAAAUGGGUUUUAUUUUACCUUCAGUAUGUCAAUACACAAAUGACUUCACACCCGUUUCUAAAAAGAAAAGGAAAAAUAAGUUAUAACGAACCAUUACAAAAAUGAAAUUUAUGCAGGUUAUUAUAUAACAUAUCGGGCAGCUGCUCAUUUAUGACGUCCCAAAGCAAAAAAUCUUGACAUUGUAAUAAUUUUCUUAAUCUUAAAUGGAUUUUCAUCAGACCUUCACUAAUAUUUUUUAUAUUACUUUCCUGCUUUUUUUACAACAACGUUUUCGUCAGGGUGAAUUUAUCCUUUAAAGAUCCGUUAUAUGUAGUCAAUUUCAUUUAGAUGAUGGUAAAAGCAAUAAAAAAAGGAAUAGAAAAAAUAUGGAAAUAUUUGGGAACUUUUCAUCAGGAAACCAAUGUUCAGUGAAUUUCUCUGACAACCAAUACAAGCCUUUGAAAUCCAUGCAUCUGAUUGGCUCAAAACAAAAUAGUUGGUAAAAAUCUCUGCUUCGUGAAAUGCUUCCCUGUCUAUUAUGCCUUCCCAGAUGCAGCUGACUACGCUAAAUCAUUUAUCAUUCCAUUGUAGUGUACCCUAAUGCCUAGUUCCCACUUUCACGAGCGAUUCGCCCACGAUUGAAACAGUGAUCUUCAUCGUGUAAUAAUCGUACCGAUCGUAACAGAUUUGUCGUGGCAAUCGUACUGAUCGCACCAAAAAAUUGAGUAUUUCAAAAAUUCUCACUAUCAGUUACGGAAGGCAAAUUGUGACGUUCGUAUCGGAUCGCACUAAAGUGUUAACCCUAAAAGGACUGGGGCGGGUCAUGAUGGCCCCCCUCAACGCUUCGCGCGAUAUUUCCGAAAUGCAAAAAGAUAGCGCCGCGAAAUUUUAUGAAUUUUUUCUUUGAAGUCUCGCGCAACUUUUGGGACCAAUUUCGCAACAUACGGAUAUAGCAUCGUGACGUCACGUGACUUUUUACGAUGCAAUGUCAUGCCGAAAAUGGCUCAUUUUUAUACUUUGAGUACAAAGUCUAUGGGAGGUGAAAUUCAUGAAAAAGGUGACCAUUUUUCAAUCUAAUUGGUCCGCUGAAUUAAUUAAAGGGUUAAUUUAGUUGUUAAAUGGUCUGUAAUAAUUUCCAUUGAAAAAAGCAAUGAAAAAAAAAAUACAUAAGAAAUUCUAAAAACAAAGAAAAACAUAAAGAAAAGAUUGGCUUUUACAAUUUUUCUUUGUGGAAACCUUAAAAUUAGAUUACAAAGAUGACAUCUGGACAAAAAAAAGGGGGGAAAAAUGAAGUGAAAUUGGGUGUAUGCAAAUAUUGUGUUUCACUAAUAAAUUUGCAUAUUUUAUUCAUAAUGAAUAAAAAACAAUAUUUUCAGAAUUUCUUUUACACUGGCUUGUAUUUUAUGUGGUUAAGAAUGUGCGUGCCAAAUUUCAGCGCGAACGGCGGCCGAGAUCAGAAGGGGGCCAUCAUGCCCCCCCCCCCCGUCCUCAAUACAUCUCAAAUAGCCCAGUCCUUUUAGGUUUAACGAAGCAUAAUGCCUAGUUCCCAGUUUCAUGAUUCGCGCCACGAUCAAAACGGUGAUCUUAGUCGUGUAAUAAUCGUAAUGUUCGUAUCAGAUCUCACCCGAUCAGUCGUAGCAAUCGCACUUAUCACAGAAAAAAAAAUAAUGAUUCAAAAAUUCUUGCAAUCAGUUACGCCCAUUUCACAAGGGUAGUGCGACUGCUUACAACCGUUGCGAUUGUGUGCAACAUAUAUUGUGACCAAAUGAUCGCAAACGACUGUGAAAGCCCCUUUAUGGAAGGCGUCCAAGGGCGUUCACAAUAGAGACCUUUCGUUUUCUGUGACUAGCCAUGUGAACGUACGAGAUUAAGGAAUUUUGGGAGCUCUGCGCAUGCGCGAAGUAAUCUGCGACGAGCCUUCUCGUUCACUGCCCAAAUCUGUGACUCGUAUUUGAGGGUUUUGACGUUCGGUGUCAUAGUGCUCGAACGAGCGCUAGUUCGUACAUGAUGACGUCAUCCAAGCUUAGCAAAAAUGAAUGAAGCCGCAUCAACAUUCGAGUUUCGUUGAUUCAGCAGGGCUGGUAAACUGCAAAUUACUGCUUGUUACCAGCUUUUCCAUUACAUUAAUUUUUAGUGUGUCCUGUUUUCAGACACUACAUAUCCGAUAGGUAAUUGAUGUUCUAUUUCCAAACAACUGUGUUUUUUAUCGGCUUUUUGCGCAAGAGUGCAAAUGUUGCACCCACAGUCGCCCCACUGGUUCGUAGCGUGAUGCUACGCCUGAUUCUCCGGCCGAGCAUCGGCCCACGGCCCGCUCGCUAUCACGCUGGUAUAUGCUGUGGCCUGGUACGGGUAUGUCGACUUAAAUCGAAACUGUUUUCAUCAAUGUACGAACGUGAUACUGAACGAGCGGUGUCACCACUUCCGGUGAACUAGGACUACGUUGCAGUCGCAGACAAUCGAAAGCUCCUUAAUAGCUCGUGUGACCGUUUGCGAUCAUUUGGUCACAAUAUAUGUUGCACACAAUCGCAACGGUUGUAAGCAGUCGCACCACCAAUUGUGAAAGGGGCUUUGUAACGGAUCGCAUGACAGUGGGGAUGAGACAUUAGCUAAUUUUCUGAAGCCAGAUGUACACUACAUGAUCCGAUUCGAUUUUUCAAAUAAAUUGUAAAAAGCAUAUUCCACUCAAUAAAAUCACAAUCAAAAUUCAAGUCUAUUCCGAGAUCCCCACCUGUAGGAAUAAUGCAAAUUGAAUUCCAAAUCGUAAAUGACGUCAUCAUCGACUGCUACUUAAAGUCGAUCGAGACUUUAGGCCUUCUCCGACGACAAGGAAAAUUACGAUUUUGUAUUUUGUAUUCUUAGCAGAACUUUGCGUCUAUCGGAUCAUGAAGUAUGCGACUUCACGAUCCGAUGUUCAAGAUGUUCUGGAACGAUUAGUUCAAUUAUUUGCUAGAUACGGGUGCUUCAUACAAUUCAAUCAUUCCAAUUUUGUAUACUCUUUAAUGUUUUUAUUAAAUCAUUGUUUUCAAUCUAAAA